AUGUCUAAUCGAGGGUUGGCAUCGUUUGACAAUGCCUCCAAACAGAAACAUAAGUAUCAAAAUUUGGGGCAGCAAUUGCUCCAGGAACAGAGAGAGGAGUUAGAGACUCAGCUUCAAGUAUUCCAGAACGCACUUAUCUCGUUCAAGAAACAAUACAACGAGGAGAUAUCAUCCAAUUCGCAAUUCCGUGCGGAAUUCAGCGAGAUCUGUCAAAGUUUUGGAAUAGAUCCAUUGUUAAUGUCAUCCUCUGUAGAUGGUGAGAAGAUCGACGAAGAGGAGAAAUACAAUCAAUUGGCUCUACGGAUCAUCGAGGUUUGUAAACUAACAAAGAGCCUCAAUGGUGGCAUUAUCCUUGUUAAUGACCUCAUCAAAUUGAUAAACAGUGAUACGUGGUUUUCUGACGAUCUCAAGCUGGAAAUUAGUGAAGCUGACAUCCUUAGAUCACUGGAGCAUUUAAAAGCUUUAGGAGAUGAACUUCAAUUAUUGGUGAUUGGUCAUCGAAAUUACAUCAAGUCCACAGCACAGGAAAUUAGCAGUGACCAGAACAUCAUUCUCUCUACAGCAAAUUUGUUGGGCUAUGUAUCCGUGGGGAUACUUAGAGAUAACUUUCAAUGGAGAACGGUUCGUUGUAAGACCGGCUUGGACGAUUUGGUGGCUAAUGGAGUACUCUGGGUCGAUAAACAGGGUGAAGACCAUGAAAUUGAGUACUGGAUCCCCUCGUGGAUUAACAGGUCUUGA